AUGGAUAAGCAAGAAAUCUACUUCGCAAGCUUCGGCUCUGUGGUUCUCGAUGAGAUUCACUUCCCCGGCCAAGAACCCCUCACGAAUGUCCUGGGCGGAUCCGGAGCUUAUGCCAAGAAAUUCAAGUACACCACCCCUCUAAUUUUGACGGAAGAAGAGAAACUGCGUGACAACCUCGUCCUAAGCUCAAAGGCUUUCCAUUACCUUGCCAGCCCCGCGGACCUGAAACCGCGAAUUUUAAAACUCAUCGCAAUUCGAGCGCAGAUGGGGAUAUCGCGUCGUCCCUUAAUCAUCUGGGAACCAUCCCCUCUUACAUCCAACCCAGAUAACCUCCAAUCCUGUCUUGAAGUCGCAAAACUGGUCGAUGUCUUUAGCCCAAACCACUUGGAGCUUGCUGCUACCUUUCGGGUCUCGUACUCUAAAGAGACGCAGAAAUCCGAGAUUGAAACGUUGGCUUUAGAGGUGCUCAGCAGUGGUGUUGGCCCCGAUGGAAAUGGAGUGGUGGUUAUUCGAGCUGGUGAGAAUGGUUGUCUUGUGCAGUCACGGGAUGUUGAUCCUAAAUGGCUGCCUCCAUUCUAUGUAGCAGCCGUGGGAGAAAAUCAAGCAUCCGGAGUGGUUGAUCCGACUGGGGCUGGAAAUGCAUUUUUAGGUGCCUACUCUAUAGGUUACCUUGAAACUGGAGAUGUUAUCGAAGCUGCUUAUUAUGGGUCUGUCGCGGCGUCGUUCGCGUUAGAGCAGGUAGGCAUGCCGAGGAAGAACAAUGAAGGGAAGGACUCGGAAGAACUAUGGAAUGGCGCUAGAGUCCGCGAACGAUUGGAUCAAUAUAAAGAUAGACAGGAAUCCACCAACUAG